ACUUUUGUGAGUGCCUACCCAUCUCUAUCACUCCGACAAUAAUAUGAAGUAGAAACAGGAAAUUUUCCAAAAUUUUGAACGAAAACGACCAGACUCCCGGUUUGGAUACAAGCAAAGCUCCCAAGUGACUGUCACACUCUCUUCCCCAAAACAAACGAAUCAACAUGGUUGUUGGAUUUCUGCUGCGCGGCGGUCUGCUGGGCGGAGCCGUCUACUACACACGCCAGGUGGGCAUCUGGGGCGACUCGGACCAGUCGGACAAGCUCUACAACACCGUGAAGUCGGAACUGUGCCCUUAUGUCGAGAAGGCGAAGAAGCAACUGCCCUUCGAGGUGCCGCAGUUGCCCAGAACCGGCGAGAUGCGCUUCCUGGCCAAGCACUACUACAACGAGGGCGUGAAGAACACCUUCCGCUUCAUCCACAUGCUGCCCUGCUACGCGGGCAGGGGUCUUAAGAAGGUCACGGACACGUUCCAGGACUUUGCCAAGUCCCCGGCGAUUACCGGCGGUGAGGAGUCCAGUCCGGCGAAGUAACUUAACCAACUGCUCUUCAAUGGCAGGCUGUUUUCGUGUUAGCUCAUAGUUAGCCUAUUGGGUAAUGUCGUUGUAAUGUGUCGUUAUUCCUCGAUCCGCCCGUCAGCGGAUCCGCGACUUUAGAUCUGUUCUCGACGUACUGAAACGCAUCGAACUGGAACUUCCAGUUUAGAAAUAAACUAAUUUACGUGGUAAGCACUAAGAUCGCCCUGAAA